ACCGCGGAUCGUCAUCAUUCCGAAAUCGGCUCGCGACGACAACGAUGAUCGAUCGAGCGUCUGCAGCAUCGGGGCGUUCCACCUCCGGCGUGCAGCCGAGGAGGAGGAGCUUCGGUUGCGGGAAGAAUUGGAGAUGGAGAUCGAGCGGGAGCUCGAGCAAGAGCUGAUAGAUGGGAUCUCUGAACUUGUUCGCCGCCUCAGCGAUCUCAAGGCGCGCCAGAUCGCGCGGGGUCUCGUUAAGGUGAACGGGGGUGGGCUUACGAAGAAAGCGGAAGUCGAUAUCGCCGGCGCGACAAGGCGGUGGGUGGUGACCAGCUUUCCGCAGAGAGACCGGGCGGUGGAUUUUGGUGAGGAAAGUGGGUACGAUUCUGGGUGCUCGGAUGCUGAGUCCACAACGGAGGAGGGAGGCUUAAGCAGAAAAUGC